CCCGGGGCUGGAGAGGGUGUUGUGCCUGCUGCUGCAAGACAGGUAUUGGGAGGUCUGACUAGGGUUUGACGGGUCUCAGAUUGCCCUGGAAUCACUCUUCUCGUUGGGAUAAGAUAUAUUAUUAUGACCAUUAUUUUUUAUGGAAGAUGAUUGAAAGUGAAAACCUGAACCAAGAAGAAAUAAUUAAAGAACUGUGUUUAUGCAAUGGUUUAUCUUAUGAGACAGUCGAACAAGAAGGAUCAGAUACUACAAAACUGGAGAUGUUUUUCUCAGGUUAUCCCCACAUAGUUGGAUUAUCAUUAUUUCCUAAUUUAACAAGUCUCACAAUUAUUGCUCAAGAUAUAAAAGAAAUUUCAGGGUUAGAGACUUGUUUACUGCUUAAAGAACUUUGGAUUGCUGAAUGCUUCAUAGAGAAAAUUGAAGGACUUCAAAGAUGUAGAAAUUUGGAAAAACUGUAUUUAUAUUAUAAUAAAAUUUCCAAAAUAGAAAAUUUAGAGAGAUUAAUCAGAUUGGAAGUUCUUUGGCUAAACCACAAUGCAAUUAAAAAUAUUGAGGGCUUACAAACUUUGAAGAAUUUAAGUGAUCUCAACCUUGCUGGAAAUCUAAUAAGUAACAUUGGUCGAUGUCUUGACCCUAAUGAACAACUGGAAAGAUUAAACCUUUCUGGAAACCAAAUAUGUUCUUUCAAGGACCUCACUAACUUAACAAGGCUGUGUCACUUAAAGGAUUUGUCACUGAAUGAUCCUCAGUAUAAAACCAAUCCAGUUUGUCUGCUGUGUAAUUAUUCCACGCAUGUACUGUAUCACUUGCCUUGCCUUCAAAGGCUUGACACAUUUGAUGUGUCAUCAAAGCAAAUCAAGGAACUGGCAGAUACCACAACAAUGAAAAAAAUAAUGUAUUACAACAUGCGCAUAAAAACUGUGCAGAGACAUCUUAAUGAAGACCUUGAAAAACUGAAUGAUCGAAAAUGCAAAUUACAAAAGUUGCCAGAAGAACGAAUAAAAUUAUUCAGCUUUGCUAUAAAAAAUUUGGAACGAGAACUGGCUGAACUUAAGGGAUCUGGCAAAUGGCACAGUGAUAGAUCCAAUAACAGUAAAGUAUCUGAACUCAAAAAAUCAAACGGCUGUGAAACUGUCACAGAAGAACCAAGUCUUCAACAGAAGAUAUUGAUAAAACUAAAUGCCUUGAAUGAAAGGAUAGCAUUCUGGAACAAAAAAAUAGAUGAAAUUGAAGCUGUUUAUCAUAUUGAAGGAAAGCAAAAGAAGAGAAGUCAUGGCUUAUUGAUCCCAUUUUUGUUAAUUGAGUUGGAGACUGUGGGAAAUAUCCAUUUUGAGGAAGGCACUCGAUCUGAUGACUGGUUUAAUUCCUGUUAUGAAUUAAUUCUGUCACGGUUUUGUACUUGGGACUUCAGAAUGUAUGGCAUUACAGGAGUGAAAGUAAAACGUGUCAUUAAAGUUAACAACCGUAUUCUGAGACUAAAAUUUGAAGACAAAUUCCAGAAGUUUUUGGACAAUGAAGAUAUGCAUGAUUCAGAGAGCUAUCGAAAGAUGCUGGAAUGCCUUUUUUAUGUUUUUGAUCCCGAAGUUACCGUGAAGAAAAAGCAUCUAUUGCAAAUACUUGAAAAAGGAUUCAAAGAGAAUGAAACAAGCAAGCUGCAUCUCGGAAAAGAAGCUGUUAUUCUCACUAACAGCCUAAGUCUAUGUGAGUGUCCCAGAAUUGAAUUUUUACAGCAGAAGUGCAAGGAUCAGAAGAAAAAUUCUCUUGAUCAUGAGCUCUUCAGACAUGGCAUCCUCCUCAUUACAAAGGUUUUUCUUGGUCAGAGUGUUCAGGCUCGGGAAGCAGACUCCAUCAGUCGAGCCAACUAUCCAAUGGUUAAUUCAGUGUUCAUUCCUCGGAAAUAUUUACUAAAUUCUGUCACGGGACAAAGAAACUGCGAUUGCAGCUUUCGGCAGUGCAAGUGGUUUGUCUUUGAUCAUGACCUUGUUUUGCCAGAAUACAUCGUUGAAUUUGAGUAUAUUACAAUGGUCAAGGCUCACUCUUUAUUUUCCUCAUUCAACGAUAUUAUUCUAGAAGAAAGGAAAAAAAAUUCUGAAGGAUCAGUAUUAUCACAUGAUUUGAAACUUGAUGACGAAGUUAUGAAAAUGGAGCCCAGGAUCAAGCCUAGACCAAAACUUAUUAGUUUGGAUGAUAAAACAAUACUUUCCAUUGCUAGAACUAGCGUUUACAGUCAUAUUGUGAGUUUGAAUCUACAUGGAAACAGCUUGAGUAAAUUGAGAGACCUCUCCAAGUUAACAGGACUUCGGAAACUUAAUAUCAGCUUUAAUGAAUUUACUUGUUUAGAUGAUGUACACCACUUGUAUAACCUUGAAUAUUUGGACGCAAGUCAUAACCAUGUGAUAACCCUUGAGGGAUUUAGAGGUCUGAUGAAACUGAAGCACUUAGACUUGAGCUGGAAUCAAUUGAAAAAAUCUGGCGAUGAAAUAAAUAUGUUAUGCAAGCAAACCACAAGCCUCCUCACUCUUGAUAUUCACCAUAAUCCAUGGCAAAAGCCAGCCACAUUGAGGCUGAGUGUUAUUGGCAGAUUAAAGACUCUUACUCAUUUAGAUGGAAUCCUCAUUUCUGAAGAAGAGACAACUGCAGCUAUGAAAUUUAUUACUGGAACAAAGAUUACUCAGCUAUCUCUUUUACGGCAUUCUAGUACUAAAGAGGAAAGACCACGAGUUCUUAGUACAUGGCCUUCUGCCAAAAUUCUGACACAGAUUGCAAAGUUGGGACCAUAUUCACAUCUGAAUGGAAACUGGCACUUGAAGAUAACUGCCCUAAAUUUGGAUGGGCAACAUCUCUUUGAAAUUACAAAUUUAGAGAAACUGGAAAAUUUAAAAUGGGCAUCAUUCAGCAACAACAAUCUCACUAAAAUAGAAGGCUUGGAAUCGUGUAUUAACUUGGAAGAGCUCACAUUAGAUGGAAACUGCAUCUCAAAGAUAGAAGGCAUUUCAAAGCUGACUAAAUUAACUCGCCUCAGCAUGAAUAAUAAUCUUCUCACUGGUUUGGAAAAGCAUACUUUUGAUAACAUGCUUCAUCUUCACUCCCUUUCUCUUGAGAACAACAGAAUCACUUCAUUGAGUGGUUUGCAGAAAGCUUUUACUCUGAUUGAAUUAUACGUAAGCAAUAACUAUAUCGCUCUCAAUCAAGAGAUCUACAAUUUAAAGGGUUUAUGCAACCUGGUCAUUCUAGACACGUAUGGAAAUAUUAUUGUAUGGAAUCAAGAAAACUACCGAUUGUUUGUAAUAUUUCAUCUUCCGGAACUGAAAGCUUUGGAUGGAAUCUCAAUCGAACCACCAGAGACUGAGAAUGCAAAAGAUUUGUUUGGUGGCAGACUUACUUCUGACAUGAUUGCAGAACGACAGGGACAUUCAAACUUCACCCAAAUGCAAGAACUAAAUUGGACUUCAUCAUCCAUCAGAACUGUGGAUUUGAUUCCAGUUGAUCAAUUUAGAAAUGUGUGUAAUGUGAAUCUACAGAACAAUAAUCUUACCUCAUUCAGUGGAUUAAUCUAUCUGCCUAAUGUAAAGGUAUUAUGCCUCAACUAUAAUCAUAUUGAAUCAAUCAUGCCAAGACUGAAGCCUCAGACUCACUUAACCCACAGACAACUGCUCUACCAUAAAGUGCCCUCAAGUGGCUAUGGGCAGCAAGGAGCUUCAAAAAUAAACAGAGAAACAGUGGUCAGUGAAAAUUUGCCUCCAAUAAUGCACAGUUUAGAAGUUCUUCAUUUGGGCUACAAUGGAAUUUGUAAUUUAAUUCAGCUACAACUUAACAGGCUAAGAAAUUUAAAGUUCCUCUUUCUACAAGGGAAUGAAAUCAGUCAGGUUGAAGGUCUUGACAAUUUAGUAGUCCUUCAGGAAUUGGUAGUGGACCAUAACCGCAUCAGAGCAUUUAAUGACACUGCCUUUGCUAAGCCAAGCGCUCUGUUGGCACUUCACCUGGAGGAAAACAGACUUCGAGAGCUGAGUAAAUUACAGCCUUUGAUAAAACUAGAAAAGCUCUUCCUAGGAUACAAUAAAAUCCAGGAUAUGGCAGAACUGGAAAAACUUGAUGUCAUCUCUUCUCUCAGAGAGCUUACAGUUUAUGGUAAUCCAAUUUGUAGAAAAGUGCUACACCGCCACAUGCUCAUAUUUCGACUGCCAAACUUACAGAUGUUAGAUGGAAUUCCUGUGAAUCCAGAUGAUAGGGCAAAAGCUGAAUUUCAUUUCUCUGAACUACAGGCAAAGAAAAAUUCGUUCGUUCCUGUUACCAACUCUCCGAUGGAUGGUGGAUCUUUUGGCCAAGUGAAAGCUCCUCCCAUAAAAAUAACAAAUGUAAUUCUGCCUGGUGGAUUUAACCAUUACUUGGGAUCUGACUUCACUUUAACUCCUGAAGUUGAAGCAUACCGCGCCGGGACGCCGCGCCAGGCAAGAGUCCGGGCGACUUCCAAGACUGCGGCUAGGCGAGCGGAGGCUCGGGCCCGGGGCGGACAAGGCGCGCCUCUUUACCCUGCUCUCGGCCUCGCCUGGUCGACUGGAACAGGGGUGCCGCAGGACGACUGGGGCCGCCUCGGGAGCGAGCGCGAGCCGAGGGGCGGGGCAAACCAGGCGCCCGCUGCCGAGUGCGCGCUCGUACUGCUCCGCGCUGCGCGGCGCCCGCCCGAGUUGACCUUAGCCAUGGAAACCGGGAGCGGGCCGGGGUGGGAGCGCUAUGAGCUCGUUGCCGAGCCGCCGCAGCUUCUCUGCCGUCGCGUUCGGGCCACAGCCACCCUCCUGGCGGGAGAGCCCAACCCGGGCAUACUUGCAGAAAUGCAGUCCCCGGGAUGCUUUCGCAUCGCCUUUUGCCUGGGGUGUCUUCGAGGUACGUUCGAUCCCCGACACCCACCUGGCGACUUCUUCGCCGCCUUAAGUUCCAAGCCUGUCCAGAGCCACGUUGUUCUUGUAGUUUUAGUUGCCACAAGAAACAGAUUUUUUUAUUCUUCGUUAUAA